GGGUUGUGCAACUCCGCCUCCCGCCACUGACGAGCGGCCCCUCCACUACACAGCCAGCAUUCGCCAUCGUGAACUCAGGCCACAACGAUGGUUUUCCUACGCCUAUAAAGCGGCUCGUAGGGGGCAAUUUCCUCUUCACGCAAUCACAGCUUCAUCCUCUUUCAUCACAUCCACACGCUUGCUUACCGCCAUGGUGUUUGAGCAUGUCAGCGACGCCCAAGCGGCCGUCGCCGUCGGUCUCCUGACAGUCCUUGCGGGCUAUAUCGGCUCUGAUAUUGCUCCCGAUACCCUCAUCGAGCGCAUGCUGUGGCCUCAACGAUCGAACAACGGCUUUGGCGCGCGGAGCACUCUCAAAUAUGCAUGCCUCUUGCCCGCCGGAGGGCCAUUGCAUCGACUCGCACUCAAGACGAUGGAUACUUUCUUCAAGCAUUCGCUGCAUAAAGGAGCUGGACGUGGGCACAUGCUAGGCACGGCCUUCUUCCCCGACACCGGCAUCGCGUACAAGAUGCAUCCGGGCAAUGGACAGCCGGCCGAGGACGAGCUGGUGAGGAACGGGCUCCUAGUCCGCAUCCUCAAGUGUAUCCCAUACAUUGCUUCAGAUUCGAACGAUGACCAAGCAGCGACAACCCGAGUGCGCCAGCAGAUUACAGUCAGUCAUUUGGAGCUAUUCAACUUCGAGACCAUCCCUCCCCAGGGUGCCAUCACCCUAGAUGACGACGUCGUCAAUGCAAAGACUCUAUUCGCUAUCGUAGCUACAGAGCUCCCUGCUAUUAUCCUGGCUCUUUUGGUAUCCGCCACUUGGAGCUCCCUUGCCGGCCUUUUAUUCCUCGCCCCGUUGGUCCUAAAAGUCGUUGCCGCUCUGACGACCAUCGAAAGAGAAGACCUCAUCAUCCCGCACGACCGCGAAAAGGCUUCAUGGGACGACGUAGCCAUGCAUCCAAAGUUUGAAAUUCACAUUCCGGGCGAAGGGUUCCAGGUUGUGUCGGGUCCCGCUGAGCUCGUUCUCCCCUUCUUCCGCCACUACGGGCAUCCCAUCCGCUGCCGCUGGCGCGAGAUUACUCAGAUGCUCAUAAUUGCUGCUACAGGCUUCUGCUACCCGACUACAGCUGCGCUUAUGGUCCUUUUCAUGCCGCUGCAGGUUCAGACCGUCUGGGCGGCAUACCAGGUUUACGUGAUCUUCGCCAUGCUCGCGGCUCGAUACGGCGAAGGCGAGCUGUGGGGAACCACGGAGGAGCGCGUCGGAAAAGCUCUGGUGGAAUCUGAAAAGUACGCCGGAGAAGGCAUGGUGGUGCUGAAGAAUCGAACCGGGGAGAUGGUGGGCAUGAGACUGAAGCGGACAGUGCAUGGAAGCUAUUCGGCUGGCAAAACCCAGGUUGCACGCAUCGUCUCGAGUUAGGAGGCAAAAGGUCACUCCCUCGUUGGUGGUGUAUCUUUUUUCAUGGUCCAUGGUUUCUUUCCUCCUUUCCUGUACUGUAGGCAGACAGAGGCUCUUCACUUUACUGCUCAGUUGCCACUUUGUUGAGGAUAUCUGUCAUCAUGAGAAUGUUCAUACCAGUCACCAGUCACAUAAAUUCUUUCCCUUUUCGUUUCGCACCCUGUUAGGACAAAACGGAGGGCUUGCUCUAGAAAGAGAAUUUGCAGCUAAAACCUUUGCUACCAAAGGCACGACACUCACUCGCUUCGUCUUCGCACUUUGACAGCUUAGGACUAGCGCAUUUUCUCUUUUUGCGGGCUUGGUAGUAGCAGUAUGCUGUAUCACAUCCCAACCACCCGUUGAC